CAGUGUUCCUCAGGCAGCUGGGAGUGUAGGAUAUGUUCCCCGACGCUGCGCCUCGGCACUAGCUCCUCCCCUUGUCAUGUGCGUACAUAGAUGACCCGAGGAGAGUAGGAAGUAGACACUCGUUGACUUCCCUUGCAUGAGGACUUACGUGAAUUGCCAGGCCACGAUGUUCAGAGUAGGAAGUUUUCUCGUAUUUGUGUACAGCGUGCGAAGAUGACCUUGCAAUAAGUAAGUAAUAAGAAAGCAGAGACGCUGCUUCCGUACAGUGUGUGAAGAUGAUCCUCAAGUGACUAGAGGAGAGGAGAAGACACUCAUUGGCUUGUGUUAUAAACGAGUAGCGCAAUCUAAUAGAAAUCGUUAGGAAAGGAGUGUAUGUAUACUUCUGACCAGUGUGCGGUGACCUUGAAAUGCGUGAAUGAAGAAAAAAAGAUAAAAAUUCACCUAUUGACUGAGAUACCGUCAUUAAAACACUUCCAUGAUGCACUGUGGGCGAGAAAUACUUCAAUGACCUAAACAGAAAAAGACAUACCUCAAAUAUGCAAAAUAGAAAAGCAAACCCACGAACUUUUAAAUCAUAUGAGUGAAUGCUGAACUCACAAUGCUAGGUGGAAGUAGAGGACCUCACCACACAUUUCUAGGAGUAAGACAGGAGAGACACACACACUGAAAACAAGAAGAGAGAAGAGAGACCUUGAAAUUAAUGGAAGGCACACGCACACCGAAGAUGAUAAGAGAGGAGAGACGCAUACCGUAGAAAGGAGAGAGAGAGUCACAUCCUGAAAUUGACAGGGAGAACACACCACUGAAAUAACAAGAGAGAAGAGAUACACACCCUGAAAAAUAAUAAAAAGGUGACACAUACACCCUGAAAAUAAGAAAGGAGAGACACACACCCUUACAAUAAGAGAGGAGAGACACACACCCCUGAAUAUAUUAGAGGAUAGAUACACGCCCUGAAAAUAAGACAAGAGAGACACACACCCCUGAAAAUAAGAGAAGAGAGAGACACACCCUGAAAAUAACGAGAGACAAAUACAAGCGGUAUACAAGGAAGGACAUCCAUUGACUUCUGAAUCUUCUACAAUGUUGGUCAAAAUCAAGCGACUGACGCGGAUGGUGCUGACGGUGCUCGGGGUGAGUCUGGUGAUGUACAGCUCCAUCAACCUGCCCGUUGAAUCUUUAAGGCGCAGGACAAACACCCAGAGGAACGCCCGGGCAGCCUCGGAUGUUGAGACCCACAAGAAUAUUAAUGAGAAGAGUGACUGGUACAAGCCCCUCGUAGGUGAGAGGGAAGACACUAACCUCCCCGUGAAUCAGACCUCGGAAUGGGACUUUCUAGUGGAUCUUCCUGUUAGAGAAGAAGAGGAUAACGACUCUGAGGAAAGCUCUGAGCUGGACACUGCAUUCAACUUCCCCUCAGUACUCUUGAAUCCUCCAUCAGCGCCUCCUGCGGAAUGGGAGAACAGGGUGCCUCUCUCUGCCUUCCCACGUAUAAGAGAAACUAAUUGCAAGGGGAAACCUCCAAAUAACAACAGCCUCGUGUACCCGUGUAAGCCGAAGCGACAUGCCACAGAAAAUGAAGCAAUCUGGCCUACGAUACUUGAGCCUUCUAACGGUGCGCUCCUUAGAAGGAUAUCUCAGCGACGCUACGAUGACCCGGAGAUAGAGCAGCUGGUGGACGAGCAGCUGGAGGUGCAGAUGCGACGCUUGGCACGUGUGGCGGAGACUUGCGAGGCUUACCCAGGGCUGGAGGAGAAGCUGAGUCUGAGCUUUGUGUGGGCCAAGGACAGGGACCCGCCUCUUGUCUACUGCCCAAUAUACAAGUCAGCCUCCACCACCUGGAUGACAAAUUUCCUGCGUCUGGAGCACCUUAAUGACAACAAACCCAAGCUCAGGGGCCUGUCGCAGAGAGCAUGGGAGUACCGGAAGUUUAAGCCUCGUUUCGGCGGCGGCCACCAGAGGGUCUUCUUGGACUACCCGAAGCCAGAGACACUGCGAGAGAAGCGGCGGGUUUUCAAGAACGCUGUCAGGUUCAUUGUAGUGCGCCAUCCCUUCGACAGGUUGGUGUCAGUGUACAGAGACAAGAUAGCGAGGCCGAAUCCUCUGCCCUUCAGACCUUACUUCCAAGACCUGCAGAAGGCGAUAGUGGGCAGGUACAGACACCCGGGCAGUGAGGAUCUCCUGCCCCCACAACCCACCUUUUCAGAGUUCGUGGAUUAUUUGAUUGAGUCCACGGAGAACCUGAAGACUAUGAGCGACUGGACGACGAAGGUAAUCUGCUGGACUCCUUACUGGGUGCAGUGUGGCGUGUGCACCUCAGACUACCAGGUGGUGAUCAAGGUGGAGACGAUGAAGAGUGACGAGCAGCUCCUGGCCCACGUGGCGAACCUGACGGAGAUCCAGGACGGCAGUAAGUGGGAGAACAAGCGGAAGGGUCCUCCACCUGACUUCUUCAAGACGCUGACAACAUCCCAAGUGAAGGCUCUCUAUCGCAGGUACAAGGAGGACUUUGACUUGUUUGGCUACACUAUUGAUGAGUACCUGAGCACCGCCAGAGAGGUGUGAAGGUCAGCACUUUGUUGACAUGUAAAAGAGAAGAGUUAGAGAUGAACAGUGUGAGUUUUCCUAGGGUUACUACUGAUUAUUAUACCUGUACUCUGCCUGACAGGUAUAAAGAUCAAUAGUCUACUUGUGAAAGAGAAAAAUAGAGAUGACCAUUAUGAAUAUGAGCUAUAAUUAAUACAAAUACACCUGUACACUCCCUGAAAGAUGUAACAGUGUGGGAUCGAUAUGAAUUUACGUGGUUUAUACAAGUAGUUACUAUAGGUGGCAUCUUUCUCAUGCGUGUAAAGGCGAAGUAUAUAGCUGUGAGGUGGCCAGUGUGAGUUUAUUUUGCUUUGCUACUGAGUGAUAUACCUGAGUGAAAGCUGAUAAGUGUAAUGACGUUACCUGUGAAAGGGAAAAGGUUAGAAAUGACCUGUAUGUGUGUAUCUGGGUGUAUUAAGGUGCCCGCCAUUGCCAACAAUAUGUAAUGGUGGGACUCUCAGGGGUGUUGUGUGUUCUGUGUAGCAUGGCUGGCAGCACUGUAGUAGUCCAAAGAAGUCCUAGGGGCAAGCAAACACUUUUAGAGGUGUCGAGUCAUUUGUCUCAGGAUUUCGGCUAAUUGUUUCUAAUCUUUUAGGGAGACUGCAAUUCCAGUGGGCCCUUUUUUUUUUUUCUAAUAUUUUGUUGCCCUUGGCAGCUCUCCCUUUACAUAAAGAAAGAGUACAAUAGUGUAUUGCUACAAGGCAAAAUACAGAACACAGACUUCGAGACAAAGGCUCCCACUAAGGGGCUAUCACACUGGCCUAUGAUACGCGGAACGCGGGCCAUGGUUCUUGGUACGAAACCAGGAACACUAUCACACACAAGCUGCCCGCGUUCUUGUUAUGCUAG